AUGUCUGGCAACGUGGAGAUGAUAUUGGAAAAGCUUGACCGGGCCAAAAAUGAAUUCGCGCAGCAUCCAAAUGGGAGAGGCAUCACUUUCUCGCGAGAUGCAAUCCAGAUAGCCGAUGAGCUUUUGGAUAGCUCUUUACUAUCAUGGGAAGACGUCUUGGAGGUACGAAACCAGGUGUCGGAUAUGUUCUUCGGAGCUGGGUUACUCGCCCUGUCGGAAGAACUGGACGAGGAAAUAGAAGGGGCUUUGGGACAGCUGAGCGAUAAGGAUGAAAAAGAAGGUCUUGAACAAUGUAUUCGGGAGCGCAGCUCAAAGCGGAUUGACGCCGAUAGCAACGCCUCUGUCGGAGAGACCGUCACUGCUGUUCCUCAACAGGCCCCUACUUUGCUGCAUUAUUUGCCGGGGAGAACACUGAGAGGGGCCGGCGACUAUUUUGAGUCUUUCACUGAUACAUCGUAUCCCUAUACAUCUCCAACGGCCUCUUCUGAGGAUGCCGAGCCCGAUGGGUAUCUCCUUUGUCGCCUCGACACGAUGAUUGUUCACGAUCCGGACCCCCCUUAUGGUAUUCCGAAUGUCGUUGAAUCUCUACCGACCUUUGAAGACCCCGAACGGACGGAUAGGGAACCUGAGACGAUUGAGAUGGAGGUCGACGACAUCGACGAGGACUAA